AUGAACAACAACAAUGAUCCAAACAGCAUCAAGGAAAUACCCCCACCUCUCAGCAAACCUGUACCUACUCCUAUUACUGAGGGCCGAUACACAUUUGUGCAUUUUGACUUAGAAACUACUGGUUUAGGUGACGAUUGUGAAAUAACACAGAUUGGGGCCUCCGUCAAUGAUGAUGUGUUUUGUCAGUAUGUUUUGCCACUGACUCAACCAAUUUCUGCAUCUGCUACUGCUGUGUCUGGUAUUGCUACACAGAAUGGUUGUAUGUACAAAAAUGGACAUGUAGUUCCGUGUAUGAAGACACCAGAUGCUGUGAAAAACUUUAUGGACUGGCUCCAAAGAUUUGGGAAAGUAUUGCUUGUAGCUCAUAAUGCCAAGUUUGAUUCAAGCGUUUUGGUGCGUGUGAUGAGCUGUAUCGGUAUAAGUGCCUCAGAACAUAUAAGUGGCUUUGUGGACACAUUACCUCUUUUUAGAGAACUUUACCCUGGCCGCAAGAGUUAUAAACAAGUGGAUUUGUUGAAGGACUUGUGUACGACACAUUAUGAUGCUCAUGAUGCCAAAUCUGAUGCCUUGGCCUUACAAACUCUUUUAUUGUCUUUGUCGGUGUCAAGUCAUACCAUGCUGAAGCAUAGUUUUUCUACAGACUUUGUUGUAGAUAAUUUGAAUUUUUCUAUGAUGAAAAAGAGAAACAUGUUAUCAUUGCAAAAUCUCAUUGAUAAUAAGAUCUUAUCAAAAUUUACUGUCAACAAAAUUGCUGAAACAGGUCUUCAUUUUCAGCACCUGUUAUUAGCUUACCAGAGAGACCAAGAAAAUGGGGUAAGAUCAUUGCUGUCUGAGAAAACUGGAGGAAAGCCAAGAGUUACAGGAAAUUCAAAAAUUAUUCUGUCUGUUCAGAAUCAUUUCAUAAACAUGAAAACAUAA